ACAAUUGCUGGUAUUGUCCUGGAAACAACCUUGAUAAAGACACUAGUUUGAGUUAUUCUCUGAAAGGGACAAAUGGUGCUCUUGGGAAAAACUGACCGGCUUGCACGUAUUGUCAGUCCCAAAGGUCAUAACAUCUGGCCCUGUGUAAAACAUCUCUCACUGUAUGAUACAAAACUUCUGAACUUUUGACUUUAUAAAGCAGAUGCUUGGCACGCAGCUGCUGAAGAAACUGAGUGAGCCAAUCUAUAUAAAUUGCAUAAUGAACAUAGCUGACAUUUCUGUUUUUCUAACUCCUUAGAUGUACAAACAUUUCCAGCGAAAAUAUUCCUGACCCCAUAUGAGUAGAUAGAUGUGCUUCCUCCCCAAUCCACCUGCCUUAUCAGGAAAGUCAAACAGCUUUCCAAACCAUUUGUUUUUCACGAAAACAGGUGAAGGAGCCACUGGCAGCAAUUAUGGCUACACCAAUAGUGGGUACAGUGUAUACGAGGAAGAAAAUGAAAAGCUAACCGAAAGUUUGCGUUCAAAAGUUACUGCCAUAAAAUCACUUUCCAUUGAAAUUGGAGCAGAGGUUAAACAGCAAAAUAAAAUACUAUCUGAAAUGGACAAUGACUUUGAUUCAACAAGUGGAUUUCUUGGUGCAACAAUGGGUAGACUGAAAAUUCUCUCCAGAGGAAGCCAGACAAAACUCUUAUGCUACAUGAUGUUGUUCUCCCUGUUUGUCUUUUUUGUAAUUUACUGGAUUAUUAAACUGAGGACUGGAGUUCAGCAGAACAGAUAAUUGAUCCAACUGACAUAGAGUGGUCAUGGAUGUAGUCUUCCGCCAUUUUUAAACAAACAUGGUUCUUGUGCUCAAGUCACUGUUCUUGGAUCCUCUUAUUGGACUAUGAUAUGUGCAGUGCAAUACUGUCCUUUUGACAGCAUGGUCAUAUGGCUAAUUUUAUGCACUUCUCUAGAUUAAGCAAAAUAUUUACAAAUCAAAAUGCCAUAUGUGUUUAAUUUGAUUAUUUAGACCAUUGUAAGGGUCCAUUAGCUUAUUGGUUAAAUGUAAUCAUGCUGGCCAAUUGUUAAAAUGUGGAGAUGGGGGUGUUAGAGGUGUGACUGUUAAAUAGACCUGAUUCUGCUUGCCCUUUAUACUCCCCAUGAAGCCAUCAGAAAAGAAAUGCAAAGGUUUAAUAAAUAUGGAGAUCUUCUGCUCCCCCCCUAGCCAUCUAUAGACUGGAUAAUUCAGGCUGAAGUAAAAGUAAGGUUGCACUUUAGUUUUUUCCAUCAGCCAGUUUGGUGGGAACCCUUCAAAGAACAAUAGUGAAGCAUGGCCAGCUGAAAACACUGCACGCUAUUUCUGUACAUUUUACAGAAUGUAAAGAAAAGCUUAAAUUUUGUAUCCAAACAUUUGCUUGGUCAUUAGAUAUUAGCUACAUGUCAGCAAGUUCAGUCUGUCAUUCCAAAUGAUUGGGAGCCAUGUACUGUGGAUUUUUAUAUUUUACAUUUAUAUUUCACAUGAAAGCCAGAUUUUGCUACUGAAUAAAUUUAUAUUAUAGAAGUAUUACUGCUUACAGUGGGAGAGCUCAUAUGAAAAAAAAACCUGAAACGUAUCUGAUGUUCAUCUUGGAUAUAAUCAGCCUUAGAAUGUCCUUAAUAGGUGCUAAGGAAGAGGGAUCAAGAGACCUGUCAAACUUUGAUCAGCGCCAACGAGAUGAAAAAAGAGAAACAUUCCUGAACUCUUACUCUUGUGCAGUACUGUAUAGUCUCUUUGUAUAAAUAUGGAAUCAUAAGGCUAAAUCUAGUUUUAGUCUUAUAGCAGAUCCAGAAAACAAAUGAAACCUGUCUGUCAUAAAUAAAAUACAUUCCACUGAUUUCA